AUAUCAAAGAAAAAAUGAACUUAGCUCACAACAAAAUUCAUUGUUUGGUAAUACCAUUUCCAACACAAGGCCACAUAAAUCCAAUGCUUCAAUUCUCCAAAAGAUUACAACACAAAGACAUAGAAAUCACACUUGUUCCUACCAUUCACAUAUUCAACAAAAGCAUGCAAGAAUUGACAAGUUCCAUCACAAUUGAGCCAAUUUCUGAUGGAUAUGAUGAUGUGAAUGGACUUUUUUGUGCUAAGUCCAUUGAAACCUACUUAGAAAGUUAUCAAAAAGUUGGAUCACAAGCUAUCAUUCAACUCAUUGAAAAGUUGAAAAACAAAGGAAAUCCUAUAAAUUGUGUCAUUUAUGACUCAUUCAUGCCUUGGAUUCUUGAUGUUGCAAAAAUGUUUGGACUAGUAAGUUGUGUUUUCUUCACUAUGUCAUGUGCUGUUGAAAACAUUUUUUAUCAUAUCCAACUAAAGGAACUAAAGCUUCCUGUUGAAGGACAUCAAGUUUUGCUCCCUGGAUUACCACCAUUAGUUCCCUCUGACUUGCCAUCUUUUGUUAAUGAUUUGGGGUCAUAUCCACCAUUCUUGAAGAUGCUUGUUGAUCAAUUCUCUAAUAUCCAAGAAGCUGAUUGGAUCCUUUGCAACACCAUAUAUGAAUUGGAGAAACAUGUUUGU